AUGAGUCGUUCCCGCAGUGUGGCUGUGUUACCCUCCACCGUACAGAAACAACAGCCUGUUGGUUCAACAACCAUGAAUACUACUGUAGAUCACACCACCAUUCCUUCCGAAUCAUCAUCAUCCAAUCAUUCACUUUCUUCACCACGUUCAUCCUCUGGUGGUGUUUCUAGACUCUUUGAAUGUUGCUUCUUUUUGAAAUAUCGUGAAAAUAGUGUUCUCACUGAUUUAGAAUUUGAUUAUCCGAAAGGUUAUUUCCAUCGAUUCAAUGUUCAACAAUACAUUUCAAAACUCUCUGUUCUCAAUACAUACUCAAAUGUCAUACUUUAUAGAAUUAGCAAUAUCAAUUUAUAUUGUAAAUAUAUUCCGAGAGUGGGUAUAUUAGGCUUUAUAUCAAGGAGUCAACCCUAUUAUUCUUUAUAUAAUCAAUUGAUAUUAAUCGUAUAUUCAAGAAUGAUAUUAUUACAACAAAUGGGUGAUCCGUUGAUGAACAAUAUCACUCCUUUUUUAGAGUACUUGUAUUACUUUCAGCCAUAUCCUAGAUUCGGAGAGAAAUUUCUCAUUCGAUUUGAUACCAAAAAUAGUAUACUAGACUCAUCUCAUUAUUUAAGAAGACCAGCCAUUGAUGAAUUUACAUCCAAUGGUGAAAUUAAUUUAUUGAAAUUUAAACCAUUCAUUACGAACAAUGUGGAUGAUUUUGUAAUACUUUACAAGUAUUUACUCUUGGACAAGUUCAUUCUCUCAAGUCCUACGAGUAGUGAAAACACAUUGUCUGUUCCUUCAACAACCACAACUUGUAAUACAUCAUCAUCACUGCCACCCAUUGUUACAGCAGCUUCCAAUCAUCCAAUCAAAAUUGUGGUCUAUACUCGAAAUUCUUCAAGUAUUUUAGAAGUCAUGAAUUUCAUCUACUCUAUUCUAUCACUCAUGUAUCCAUUCAAAUAUUGUGGAGAUAUCAUUCCAUACUGUGAUGAAAACAAAAUAUUAGAAAGUAUCAUUACCAGUCGUCAUACGAGUUCCAUUGUUGGAUUUUUACAAAAAGAUUUCAACAUGGAAAAGUACCAUCAUGUCCAUCAUGUGAUACUAUUCAACAUGGAUGAAGGCAAAAUUGUGAGCACUCACGUGAAAGAACAUUGCAAUUCAUUUGUUUCACUACCAAAAGAGAAUAGAAUGAAAUCCAUGCUUAGAAAUAACAUUCCCAAAUACAACAGUAAUGCAAGAAUUUUAGAAUUUUUUGUCAAAUGUAUGGCCAAUUGGUUUGGAAAUUAUCGAUAUCAUUUUAGAAUGAAUGGAACAACGCUUGAAUUUGACUAUGGACAAUUCUUGAAAGAUUAUGAUUACUUUGCUGAAGGAUCUAUUGCAUUUUAUCAAGCCAUUUCAAACACUCUUUCAUUUAAGAUAUUUUUGGAAGAGCGAACAAAAUUGGUCAAUGAUUAUGCUACAUUCCAAAUUCAGAAAAUACAGUUUGGACCAUUCGAACAGGAGUGUUUCAAAAACAAUCCUAGAAUAUUUACAAAUGCAUCGACACAGGUCAAUAUUUUAAUGGGUGGAGCAAAAUCAGGUGAAACCUCAUCAGCGUCAAGUGCUUCCAAUGUUAAAAUUCAACAUCAUAUUCCUUCAACGACAAACAGUAAUAAGAGUUUGAGCCAUACGAAUGGUAGCAGUGCAACGACCAUGACAACAACAACCUCGACUACUACUACUUCAAGUAGUGGUACUUCAAACACAUCGUCAUCCACGAUGCAUAACAGCUCUUCAAGUAGUGUCAGCAGUACCUCCAGUGGAUUUUCACUCAAACAAUUAUUCUUUAAAAAGACAGCCUCUGGUCCUCCAGCUGUUGGAAGUGGUGUACCAAAUAUCAACUCAACAACUACUACAAGUACCACAAAUACUUCAAAUUUAGAUUCAAGUUUUGAUGAAAAAUCACAUGCCAUGGAAAGAGCAUCAUUUUCUGAUGUUGAACCAAUGACUUCAAGUUUUGGAACUAAAAUUGUUGGCGAACUGCAAUUUAGUAAGGAGAAUCAAUUGGCUGUAUCUUUCUACUGCAAAGAAAGUGAUGCUGCUAAACCUAAAUUUUCAUUUACAGAGUUCCAUCAAAGUGUAAAACCACCAAAGAAGUAUCUUCCAUCUUCAGAAGAUGGUAAGAAAGUACUUUCAGAAACUAGUAACGGUACUGGUAGUACAAAUUCAACUAACAGCAAAUCAGAACUUGAUUUGAUCAUGAAUGAUGAAUACCCAAGUGAUGGUGAGGAGGAAGAAGCCUCUUCUCCAGUGCCCAAUGGACUUGUUGAACCAACCACGGAUGUUGAUGACAUUAACAAUGUGGACAAUGACGAUUUACCAAUGCCACUCUCAUCAAGAGCCUCUACACCAGCUGAUGAAUUUUUCAAUUAG